AUGCCGACUGCAGUCUAUGCUCAACAAUGUGUGGCAGCGGCGUAUGCGUCCCGGCUGAACCCAUACGCUCUACACAAAGGGGAGCAGGAAAUCCUUCAAGAUCACUUAUGCCAUCUUCAUGUCACCGUUUACUUGAAUAUCCGAAAUGGUAUCCUGCGUCUGUGGACAAGGAACCCCAUGCUGAGUGUCUCGAAAGAAGAAGCCAUGGGGUGUGCGAAGGACUAUCGCUGGAUGAACCUUGCCGCGUUCGCACAUGAAUGGCUCGUUCGCAACGGCUAUAUCAAUUUUGGCUGUGUGGAAAUUCCAGUCGCUCCCGAGCCCCCCAAGGGGGGUCAACCCAAGGAGGGUCCUGUAAUCGUCGUAAUUGGGGCAGGAACGGCGGGUUUGGGAUGUGCGCGGCAUCUGGAAGCUCUAUUCAACCACUACCACGAUGCGCUCACAUCGCCACGGGUGAUCGUCCUGGAAGGACGGCGCAGGAUUGGGGGUCGUAUCUACUCGCAUCCUUUACGGAGCCUAGAGUCAUCUACCUUGGGUCCUGGAUUAGUCCCCAAGGCUGAAAUGGGUGCCCAGAUUAUUGUCGGUUUUGAUCACGGCAACCCCCUAGAUCAGAUUAUCCGAGGCCAGCUCGCUCUCCCAUAUCAUCUUUUGCGCGAUAUUUCCACAAUCUAUGACAUUGAUGGCUCACCGGUGGAUGAAGCUCGAGAUGCAACAGACGAGAUGCUCUACAAUGACAUACUGGAUCGGUCCGGGCUUUAUCGGCACAAGUCAGUGAUAGUGCCCACGGCGGAGGGUGACCGGGAGUUGAUCGAUUCCGGGCGUGAUGUGUCGACCAGCGACGGCCUUACAGUGAGGCAAUACGAAGAAGCUAGGGCUGCUGGGACUAUCGGGCUCUUGUUUCCUGCAAAACGUAUCCGGCGAGGAGUUGGCCACAAAACCACAGAAAUCAAGCCGACAGGCGCCCCGUUGGCCGACUCUACCGACGUUGAAGAAAAUCCGACUCAGCUCGCUUGUCAGACCAUGGGUUGGAGCUUGAAAUGUGGGACCUCUGUCAACGACACCAUCAAUUUGGACCCGGUAGCCAAAGCCUCAAAGUUCCAGACCUUGGGCGCCGUGAUGAAUGACGGUGUCCGGCAGUACCAGCAUAUGCUCCCACUGACUCCGAAAGAUAUGCGCCUGCUCAACUGGCAUAUGGCGAAUUUGGAGUAUGCGAAUGCUUCGAAUAUCGGCAAACUCAGCCUUUCCGGAUGGGACCAGGAUAUGGGAAACGAAUUUGAGGGUGAGCACUCGCAGGUGGUAGGUGGAUAUCAGCAACUGCCGUACGGACUGUGGUCGUUGCCUACAAAGCUAGAUGUCCGGACCAACAAAGUUGUCUCCAGGAUCACCUACGACCACACGGGGCUGGGAAAGAACAGGACGGUGGUUCAAUGCGAAGACGGCGAGUCGUUCGUUGCCGAUCAGGUGGUCUUUACCGGCUCUCUUGGCAUACUGAAGCAUCGCUCUAUCCAGUUUUCACCUCCCCUACCAGAGUGGAAAACGGGCGCGGUUGAUCGCCUAGGCUUCGGAAUCAUGAACAAAGUGAUCCUAGUAUUCAACGAGCCUUUCUGGGAUACGGAGCGUGACAUGUUUGGGCUUCUCCGGGAACCCAACAAUCGGAAUAGUAUGGUCCAGGAGGAUUAUGCAAUGAAUCGUGGCCGGUUCUACCUGUUCUGGAACUGCAUGAAGACCACUGGUCUUCCAGUUCUCAUUGCUUUAAUGGCCGGGGAUGCCGCGCAUCAAGCAGAACGCACACCUGAUGCCGAGCUCAUUACGGAAGUGACCAGCCAGCUGCGCAAUGUCUUCAAACAUGCAGUCGUUCCGGACCCUCUAGAGACCAUCGUUACCCGCUGGGGCACCGACAAGUUUACCCGAGGGAGCUACUCGUAUGUCGCUGCACAGUCGCUUCCGGGAGACUAUGACCUGAUGGCUAAACCGAUUGGCAACUUGCAUUUUGCGGGAGAGGCCACCUGUGGCACUCACCCAGCCACCGUCCACGGCGCGUACUUAUCUGGGCUCCGGGCUGCAUCGGAAGUCAUCGAGACCGUCCUCGGACCCAUCGAAGUGCCUCAUCCGCUGAUUCCAGGGAAAGGCAAGACCCUCGAUGUCAGCACCCUCACGGCAGCGCCUCAGAAGCGAAAGGAGCCGUCCUUGGACAAUGGCACAGGGAGGUCCCAGGAACCCACUGGUGCAACACCCAACGGUACAUCGCCCGAGGCCGCUCGUCGGAAUGCAUACGACAAAGCCAUAUGGGCGGCCAUCCACGAUGAGCUAGGCACAGCCCCCCCACGACCAGCCCGAACGGCGUUGAACCCGUUUCUUCUGUACCAGAAAGACUACUGGGGGAAGUGCCGCAUGCAGUGUGACGAAGCCCGCCGCGCCGCGACCAAGGACCCCAACGCCAAGGCUGCGCGCGACGAGAUCCGCCAAGCCCUAGGCCUUAUGUGGCGGCAGGCCAGCAAAGAGGAGAAACGGCCGUACAUCGAGCAAAUUGAAGUAAACCGACAGACCAGCACGGAGAUCUUGAACCGCUGGCGGAGCGACAUGGCGGAAUGGGAAAAGAAGUCGACCGAGAUCAAGGAGCGGUGGUGCGCCGCCAAUCCUCUAGCUAGCUGGGAGGCGCCGUCGAAAAGGUCAGCCCAAGCCUCGGAUUCUACCAUUCAGCCUGGAAAUGCACAGCAACCUCAUACCGCUCUACCCCACGGUGAACAUCCAACCCCCGGGCCAGAUACGCAAGCGAACGGCACCGCCCCUCCUGCAAACCAACAUUGA